AGGCGGCCUGGGCUGCUGGGGCCGACGCCUGGGUGGCUGUCGCCGCCGCUGCCGCCGCGCCGACUGCGAGAUGGCGAUCUUGGGCGCGGAAGGGUGAGGGCGCCCGCCGCUGGAGGAGGCGCUGCUGCCGCCGCGGUGGCUGACCGGCCCGGCCGCCCGGAGCCGACAGCUUCGCCCCGGGGGUUAUCUCCUCAGAAGACUAUGAGCUCCUUGAAAGAAGGAAUCGUGUUUUGCUCAUCUUUUUGUCCCCAGUGUCUAGUACAGUUCCUCAUACAUAACUUAAACUGAAAUUUGGGACAUGGCCACUGCUUCACCAAAGUCUGAUAGUAAUGAUAACCACAGUGGAAGGUUACAGUUACAGGUAACUGUUUCUAGUGCCAAACUAAAAAGAAAAAAGAACUGGUUUGGAACAGCAAUAUAUAUAGAAGUAACUGUUGAUGGAGAAAUUAAAAAAACAGCGAAGUCCAGUAGUUCUUCUAAUCCAAAAUGGGAUGAACAGCUUACUGUAAAUGUGACCCCACAGACAACAUUAGAAUUUCGAGUUUGGAGUCAUCACACUUUAAAAGCAGAUGCUUUAUUAGGAAGAGCAAUGGUGGAUCUGAAACAAGCCCUUUUAACGCACAAUAGAAAAUUGGAAAAAGUGAAAGAACAACUAAAACUCUCUUUGGAAAACAAGAAUGGUGUAGUACAAACUGGUGAACUAACAGUUGUACUUGAUGGACUAGUGAUUGAGCCAGAAAAUCUAGCAAAUCAUAGCUCAUCUCCAACAAUAGAAAUACAGCAAAAUGGGGAUGCCUUACAUGAAAAUGGAGAUCCUUUAUCAAGGACAACAACCAGGUUGGCUAUUGAAGGUACUAAUGGAAUAGAUAAUCAUGUACCUACAAAUACUGGCAUCCCAAACUCAUGCUGUUCGUAUGUAGUUAAUGGAGACAACACACCUUCAUCCCUGUCUCAGGUUGCUGCCAGACCCAAAAAUACACCAGCUCCAAAACCACUCACCUCUGAGCCUGCCAAUGACACUGUUAAUGGAGAAUCAUCUUCAUCUGCACUAAUUGCUAAUGCUUCUGCCAUGGGUACUCCGGUACCAUCCGAAGAACCCACAUUGACUUCAGAUUGCACUAGCACUACCAUCGAAGAUUCUCCUGUUCAGGAGCUACUGGCAUCCUCAGAACACAAUGAAUGUAUUCCUUCUGUCAGUACAGAAUUGGGACCUGAAGCUCAGAAUCUAUUAGACCUUAAUUCCUCUAAUUCUGGAAGUAGUUCUGCUUUUGACAAAUUAAGGCAACCAGAUGGAUGUGUGGAACCUCUUCGGCAGCAGUCUGGAAAUGCAAACACAGAGUCUUUGCCAUCAGGAUGGGAACAGAGAAAGGAUCCUCAUGGUAGAACCUAUUAUGUGGAUCAUAAUACUCGAACUACUACAUGGGAGAGACCACAACCUUUACCCCCAGGUUGGGAAAGAAGAGUUGAUGAUCGUGGAAGAGUUUAUUAUGUGGAUCAUAAUACCAGAACAACAACAUGGCAGCGUCCUACCAUGGAAUCUGUUCGAAAUUUUGAACAGUGGCAAUCUCAGCGGAACCAAUUGCAAGGAGCUAUGCAACAGUUCAACCAACGAUACCUCUAUUUGGCUUCAAUGUUGGCUGCAGAAAAUGACCCAUAUGGACCUUUACCACCAGGCUGGGAAAAAAGAGUGGAUUCAACGGACAGGGUUUAUUUUGUGAAUCACAACACAAAAACAACCCAGUGGGAAGAUCCUAGAACUCAAGGCUUACAGAAUGAAGAACGUCUACCGGAAGGCUGGGAAAUUAGGUAUACUUGGGAAGGUGUUAGGUAUUUUGUUGAUCAUAACACAAGGACAACAACUUUCAAAGAUCCUCGCAAUGGGAAGUCAUCUGUAACAAAAGGUGGUCCACAAAUUGCUUAUGAACGCAGCUUUAGGUGGAAACUUGCUCACUUCCGUUAUUUGUGCCAGUCUAAUGCACUUCCCAGUCAUGUAAAGAUCAAUGUGUCCCGGCAGACAUUAUUUGAAGAUUCCUUCCAACAGAUCAUGGCAUUAAAACCAUAUGACUUGAGGAGGCGAUUAUAUGUAAUAUUUAGAGGAGAAGAAGGACUUGAUUAUGGAGGUCUGGCAAGAGAAUGGUUUUUCUUGCUUUCACAUGAAGUUUUGAACCCAAUGUAUUGCUUAUUUGAAUAUGCGGGCAAAAACAACUAUUGUCUACAGAUAAAUCCAGCAUCAACUAUAAAUCCAGACCAUCUUUCUUACUUCUGUUUCAUUGGUCGCUUUAUUGCAAUGGCACUAUUUCAUGGAAAGUUUAUUGACACUGGUUUCUCUUUACCAUUCUACAAGCGUAUGCUAAGUAAAAAACUUACUAUUAAGGAUUUGGAGUCUAUUGAUACUGAAUUUUAUAACUCUCUUAUCUGGAUAAGGGAUAACAACAUAGAAGAAUGUGGCUUAGAAAUGUACUUUUCUGUUGACAUGGAGAUUUUAGGAAAAGUUACUUCACAUGACCUGAAGUUGAGAGGUUCCAAUAUCCUGGUGACUGAGGAUAAUAAAGAUGAAUAUAUUGGCUUAAUGACAGAAUGGCGUUUUUCUCGAGGAGUACAAGAACAGACCAAAGCUUUCCUUGAUGGUUUUAAUGAAGUUGUUCCCCUUCAGUGGCUACAGUACUUUGAUGAAAAAGAAUUGGAGGUUAUGUUGUGUGGCAUGCAGGAGGCUGACUUGACAGAUUGGCAGAGAAAUACAGUUUAUUGACAUUAUACAAGAAACAGCAAGCAAAUUAUUUGGUUUUGGCAGUUUGUGAAAGAGACAGACAAUGAAGUAAGAAUGCGACUAUUGCAGUUUGUCACUGGAACCUGCCGUUUACCUCUAGGAGGAUUUGCUGAGCUCAUGGGAAGUAAUGGGCCUGAAAAGUUUUGUAUUGAAAAAGUUGGCAAAGACACCUGGUUACCAAGAAGCCAUACAUGUUUUAAUCUGGAUCUACCACCAUAUAAGAGUUAUAAACAACUAAAGGAAAAACUACUUUUUGCAAUAGAAGAGACAGAGGGAUUUGGACAAGAAUGAAUGUGGCUCCUUGUCUUGGAGGAGCUCUUGCAUUUAAAUACCCAGCA